AUGACGACGCUCACGUUGACCUACAAAGGCCAGACGCACUGUCUGUCCUUCUCCGAUACACCGCAACCGACAAUCGCUGAUCUGCAACUACAGAUUGAGCGCAUUACGGGUGUGCGGUGUGACGCACAGCGAUUGUUCCAGGAGCGACGACGCAUCGAUUGUAGUAAUGGCUCGAGCCUAUUGGCUGAAAUGUGCCAGUGCCAAACAGACGCAGCGCCGCCGCUGCUAUUGGUCGAAGGCGCUUCGAUGUCUCAGAUUCAUGACAUGAAGGCGGCACAAGAGGCGGAACAGAAAAAGGCGGCGACUCGAGACAAUCGAACAAUAGUAAACAUUGCGAAGCGAAACAAAUGGCUACAUGCACGAGAUACUGCAGCAAGAUCGGAAUACGGGUUCCAAGCACUCGAGCCGCUGCCACAAUUUGCGGACAAGGAAAAAGCACGAGCGCUUUUGCAGACGUUGGCCAAUGAUCGCGGCCUUUUGGCCGUCAUGGCUGAACAUAAAUGGAAUGUCGGUGUGUUGGCAGAGAUGCCGGCAACUGGAAAGGUCGGAGUGGACCCUGUGUGCGUGCUGGGAUUGAACCAGAACAAAGGACAGAAGAUCUUGCUGCGGCUGCGCACGGAUGAUUUGCUGGGCUUUCGCAAGUACCUGAGCAUCAAGAAAGUGUUGUUUCAUGAGCUCUCGCAUAUGGUAUAUUCGGAGCACGACAGCAACUUUUACCAGCUCAUGCGGCAAAUUGAAAAGGAGUGCAACGAGCUCGACUGGACAAGUUCAGGUGGUGCGGCCACUGGCGGGUCUCGGAUCAUGUCUUACGAUGAAGAGGAUUCUAGCGAAGGAUCUCAUAGUGGACAUCGCUUAGGUGGCUACGCUGCGGGAGCUAGUCGGCUACCGGAUAGCGCGCUUAUUGAACCAAAACCAGCGGUGUCGACCUCCGAGUCAAAACGCCAACUGCCAAAGCAAGCAAAGGUGCCAGCCAACAAGGAGCCAGGGACGCCUACCAUGGCGGUGGGCGGUGACGCGACGAAGGACGACACGGUAGCAACGGUGGGUGUCAACACGUCCCAACACACUGACAUACGAUCACAGCUUGCAGAACACGAGAAGACUAUCGAUGAAGAAGUUGCAACACUGGCCAUGAGCGAUCGGGAAAGACGCAUUCACGAUGCAGUGCGACGUCUCAGAGUCCAUUACAGCACUGACGCGGUCUCCAAUGCAGUCGCAUUGCUCCAUAAAAUCGUGUCCAACAUCGUGACACGUCCAGCGGAUGGCAAGUUUCGGUCCAUCCGAAAAGCAAAUCGGCUGUUCGACACGCAAGUCGCAAAGUUCCCCGAGUGUCUCGAGUUUCUACUAGCUCUGGGAUUCGAAGACCAGGCAGACAAGUUUGUGCUAGUGCGCGAAGACCCCGCACUGCUUUGGAUCGGUCUGUCUUCGCUCGAGGUACUGCUGUCAGAAGCAUGA